AUGAUGUCCAUAAGGUCAAUUGAGGAAGUGGAACAAAUUAAUAAUAUAAUAAAUCAAAUAGAUGGCACGAGAAAAGUAAAAACAUUUAAAAAGAGAGAAAAUCCGUUUUCUUUAUACAGUGAUGAAGAGUUUCGUAUAAAAUAUCGUUUUUCUAAAGACGGCGUUAGGUUUUUAAAUGAAUUGUUUGGGAGCUCUUUGACUAUGAGCAAACAUAUUCAUGGGCUGACCCAACAGAGUGUUACAACUGUAUGCCGUCGAGUAGCAAGGGCAAUAUUAGAUAAACGAUUUAACUAUAUUAAAAUGCCCAAUAACUUAAAUGAGCAGCUAAUAAUGAUGCAAGAAUUUGAAACUUUAGCUGGAUUUAAAAAUGUGGUGGUUUGCAGUGCCAGUUUAAAGAUCAUGAACGUUGUUGCUCAUUGGCGUGGUAGCACACACGACUCCCGUAUUUUAAACGAAAGCCUUUUGAAAGAAUCUUUCGAAAAUGGACAGUAUCAUGGCAGAUUACUGGGAGACUCUGGCUAUGCCUGCACACCUUAUUUGUUUACUCCUUUACUAAAUCCGACAACGCGUAAAGAAGAAUUGUACAAUUAUGCCCACAUAAGAACUCGCAAUAGUAUAGAAAGAUGUUUUCGCGUAUGGAAAAAUCGAUUCAGAUGUUUACUGACCGAGUUCAGAACAAAUUUGGAAAACACCAAGAUGUAUAUAGUGGCUUUGGCACUGUUGCAUAAUAUAGCUAUUGAGCUUAACGAACAUUUUGCUGAUAACGAACAUGUUACUGAAAAUGAACAUCUGUCUCAACCACCUAUUGCACCCUUACAACAGAACACAUUACGUGGAUCUGCAGUAAGAGCCAUAAUUAUUGAAGAAAAUUUCUAAGGUACAAUAAAACAAUUUCAAAUACAAACUGUAAUUAACUUUAUUUUAGUGAAUCUAAAUGUUUUUGAAGAAUUUCAUUUUGAAGUUUUAAAUUAGCCAUGACCUGGUUGUGUACUUCGGCCAUAUUCUUCAUUCUAAGCUCAUGUUCUUUUUGCAUCCUCUCAUUUUCAAUUGUUCGGAAGCUAUGCAUGUCUUCAAAAGAGGCGUCUGCAAAAUUGAAAGAAUGUGUUUCUUUUGUUGAAGAUUAAUAAUGGUCAUUUAUAAAAUUAUCAUAUAAUAAAUAACAGAACAUUUCUAAUAAACACAUACCCGUCUUUUCUUUGCAGAUUGCUUUGGC